GUGCUUUAGACAUUUGAUAUCGGCAUGCAGUCUAUACAUCAACCAGGAUAAUACCCACGACUUAACAAUUAGUCCCUUUUGCUUUUUUUUCCUGACGUGGUGAGGCGUUGGAGAAAAGUACUGUAAAAUGAUGAUGGAAGAGGAACUCAGUGAAGGAGAGCUCAUGCACCUUAUCUGCUGGUCAGAGACCUGUGAACUGGAUACACUGAAGACGACCACCCCCUGACAAGGCCAAUGACCGUCUACAUUGAUCUACUCAGUGGUUCGUGUCAGCUUCUGUGAUGGAAAAUCGUGAUGAUGAAGGUGACCACCAGCACACUACCACAGGAAGUGAGGGCGGCAACGUGGGCGACGGCACCCCUGCCCCCAAACGCAAGGGCAAGCUCGCCACCCUGGGCAAGAUCUUCAGGCCUUGGAAAUGGAGGAAGAAGAAAAGCAGUGAGAAGUUUAAGGAAACUUCAGAAGUUUUGGAAAGAAAGAUCUCGAUGAGAAGGCCUAGACAAGAGCUGAUAGAACAGGGAGUGCUGAAGGAACUUCCUGAGAAUGAGACAGAUGAGGCCCACGGCCCUAAGCCACCUUAUGUGAAGAAUGGGCACACAUUGCCUGUAGCGGGCUGCAGUGGGAGUGGGAGCCGUGGGCUUGAGACCAUCAGACCUCCCUCCGAGUCGGAAUUCAGGGUGAACCAGGCCUGGCUGCCCCAGCCAGAAGACCGCAGAGUUCGUGCCCCCUCUGAUGGGGAGCGCCGUGGCGCACCAGCUGUUCGAACCUCCUGCCAGGACGAGGGCAGGAGGGGUGGCCGGGCCGGUGGCGAUGAGUGGAAAGUCAACCUGGGUUGGCAAGUGGAGGAGGCCCGGCGUGGGGGCAGAGUUUACGGUGACCUGGAUAAGAGACCCGGCCUGACCAAGGCCCCAUCAGAGGAUGGGCGCAGGACACGUCCUGAGGCCGACUGGAAGCCCACCCUCCCCCGCCACUCGUCAGCAGAGGAGGGCAGGGGAAGGCGAGAGUCAGACAGCAGUCAUUAUGUCCCAGACCUAGAGGUACUGAGAGACACCCUGCGAGAGCCACUGCCACCUAAACAGUCCAUUCAGCCGCCCAAGUGGCUGAUGAGCACCACCCCUGAGCCUGGAAUGGAAAGCUCGCCCCGGACCCCCAUCCACAGCCCUGCCUCCUACUCCUCCUCCUCCCCUGCCUCCUCUAGCUCGCCCCCAUCCUUGGCUGCCAGCGGCACUGGCAGGCCCCCACGGAGCUCAGCAGCCAGCGGGGCCAAUGUUUCGGCCUCCACCGGGGUGCCCCUCCCCUCCUCCUCAGCCACAGGACUGACCCAGCACAUCAAACAGCCCCCGCUCCCCCCACCCAAACCACUGAACCGCACCACCAACCCCGCAAUGCUGGCCACCACCCUGCACGGGGGCGACCCCUUUCCCCUCUACUGGUCCUGUUGGAAGCGCGAGGGCGACUAUGAUGUCUACCUGUCCCUGCCUGUGUACCUGUGCCGGCGGGCAGGAGGCGUGCGUGCAGCUGAACUUGGACAGAUGACAGGAGGCACCAACCUAGUGCCAGCCAAGCCAUCCCCACCUAUGCCUCCGAAGAGAACGACUCCUGUCACAAAACGUAACGUUGAAGAUUCCACCUUGCCCAUCUCAUCACUGCCCUCUGUGCUGUCCCCUGAAGAUAGGGCCAACAUCCCCGGGGGAUUCCCUCUGCCCCCACCUCCCCCAUCCCCGCCUCUCCCAACGCAUAUCCCGCCCUCCCCUCCUCGUGGCCAUGCCCAUCACCUUCUGCAUCAACACUCCUAUCCCCACCCACUGCCCCAGCCACUACCUGUCCAUUUUGACCCCCCUAGCCCAUUGGAGGAAUCCCCAGCCCGUCAAGCCCCUGUGCCCCUGCACAUUAUGAUCCAGCGGGCGCUGAGUAGCCCUGGACCUGCCCUCCCUCACGCCAGACAGCUCCAGCGGGCCCACUCACUGCUCUUUGAGACUCCCGGAUACCAGGGAACUCGCCCACUGCCAGUCACCAUCCAGCCUCUCAAAGUGGCAGAGGAUGACUAUUCAGAUGAGGAGGAAGAGGAUGAGGAGGAGGAAGAGGAAGAAGAGGAGGAAGAUGAUGAGGAGGAGGAUGAUGAUGAUGAUGAUGAACCACCUCCCCAGCACCUGCCUGCCCCACAGAUUCAGCCAGAGCUGGAACCACGCAGCCGCAGGUGUCUGGUGGGAGACCUGGCCAUUACAGUUGUCCCUGAGGCGCCCGAUAGCAGUGAGGAGGAGGAGGGAGAGGAAGACCAGCAAGCUGAGGAGAGUGACUCAGAUGGGCCUGUGCUCUACAAGGAUGAAGAAUCUGAUGAAGAUGAAGAGGAUGAGGGCCCACCCAGUGCACUGGCAAGCAGGGUGAAGAGGAAGGACACUUUGGCUCUAAAGUUAAGCAGCCGGCCCUCGGCACCAGACAGGCAGGCUCCUGAGAGGCCAGCCAGAGGGGAGCCCACAGGUCUGUCCUGGCAGAGCAAGGAGCAGUGGGAGGCCAUUCGCACACAGAUUGGCACAGCACUCACACGACGGCUGAGCCAGAGACCCACUGCCGAGGAGCUGGAACAGAGAAACAUUCUGCAGCCCAAGAAUGAAGCAGAUCGACAGGCAGAGGUUCGGGAGAUCAAACGCAGGCUCACCAGAAAGUUAAGUCAAAGGCCCACAGUUGCUGAGCUCCAAGCCAGAAAGAUUCUGCGUUUCCACGAGUAUGUGGAAGUCACACUCGCUCAAGACUACGACCGCCGUGCUGACAAACCAUGGACCAAACUCACACCUGCUGACAAGGCUGCAAUAAGAAAGGAGCUCAACGAGUUCAAGAGCUCUGAAAUGGAAGUCCAUGAAGAGAGUAGAAUUUAUACAAGAUUCCAUCGCCCUUAACAUCUUCUAUUGCCUGGAAAUUGAAGCACUUCAGCACUGGAGGCAGGGAGAGAAACUGUUGCGUAUUCUGUGAUGAGCCUCUAGGUGUUUGUGUGCCCUGACAGACAGCCACUCAGUGAAUGUACUGUACAGAAACCUACAACAAAGUUUUCCACCCUCUUGUAAAUAUGGAUCCUGUGAGGGCUAAGAUCUGCAGGACAAAUGCAGUAUUUCUCCCAGACACUGGAGGGAGACACACAUGCCAAGCCAGAGCCAGAGAGCUAAUGAAGGACCCACUGAGGUGUGUGUCGAAUGUCUGCCGUCAGGAGACAUAAUGCAUGGUGACCCUCAGAAGCCUUUGCCGACAUGCCUCUGCCCUUGGAGGAGAAAAAAAAGGUCUUGAAAGACCCUUUUUUGCUUAUUCUUGGUAUUAUACAGGGAAAUGUAAUAACCUUAACAAAUAAUAGUAAUAAGAAUGAUGGUGACAAUAAUAAAUACAGUAAUAAUACAUGUUAGUUACUGAGGGUGGGUGAGCAGAGGUGUGUACAGACUCUGCAUGGAUAAACAUGGGGAUAUUUGUGUAUUUGUGUGUGUGUGCUUGUGUGUGUGCGCGCAUGUGUGUGUGUGUGUGUGUGUGUGUGUGUGUGUGUGUGUGUGUAUAGAAUGCUGUAAAUUUCUCUUAGAUUGAUUAUUUGGAAAGUUAUAAUUAGAAAUUGUGAUGCACAAGGUUUUAUGAUGUAAUGUUAAAUUUCUGUGAAUUGGCCACCUUUAUUCAUACUCCCUCGUUGAGACCUGGCCUCCUUUUGGUGUUUACUGUUAGAAAGGAGAAGGGAGAGAAGCUGGCCUUUUCUUUUCCACUAGAUUUUGUCCACACACAAAAAUUUUAGUCUUGGUCAUAUGAUGGUUUUAUUCUAAACUCAAACCACAAUAUGAUGCUCCUUUUUUAAUAUGCAGAGUUCAGCCAUUUCAUUAUAUUACAAUAUCUAAACCAUGUUUCUGAAAGAUAUGACUGCAUACAUGUCUGAAUAAGAAUAAAUGAUAAAUAUUUAGGCUUUUAAUGGAAAGCCAGUGACAGGGCAAGCAUUGAUAAAGCACUAUGAAUAAAGUUGUUUUUAUAGAAUAACUGUUGACAGGGAGUUAAUUUUGAAAAUAACUUUUUUUUCCUUCAUUUUUAAUGUUUAUGGCCAGUAGAAUAAUAGACCAUGCUCUGCUGUACAGAUAUAUUGUCUAGAUUAAACUGACUGAUAUGUAUAUCUUGUCUUCCUUUUAUUUGGAAACAUUUUAAAUGUAUUAAAAGUUAUAUAGGUUGCUAUUUUUUUAAGCACAGAAUAUUGGUGUAUAAGACAAACUUUACAAGAAUGGGUUCAUUUUAAUUGGUUUCUUCCAUGUUAAUGUAACGUUACCGCCCCGUUUGUUUUUUUAGCUUUUGAUUGUAUGUGAACAUUUAGUAGCUGGCCAUAUUUUUCUGUUUAGAUGUCAUCCAUAAAUCUAAAUUAAAAUGCUUACAAAUAG